AUGCAUGCGUACGUCCGAAGCGCCAACUCCUGGCUGGAUGAACACAUCAGGGCUUAUAUCCAAAAGCACAUCCCAGACGUAACCUUCAUCCACGAUGUCGCGGACCUGCAACCCGGCAUUAAGAAGAUCUUUCAGUAUGCCGAUGGAUGGGAGCUCAACCAGCACUUUGCCGUCCUGAAUGCCUCGGAAUACGGCCUGAUCAACGCCUACCCCAGCAGCGACGCCCUGGCCCGCAAAGACUUGUUGGCGCAGGUCGUGGACUACUGGUCAGCCAAGAGGCCCGACACCAUUCUCCGGACGCACUCACCCCAGACGAUCCGAUUGACCCUCGACUAUGCCGAGUACGUGGAUGACGCGCUCAUGGCGGCCGACGACUUGACUCUGUACUACUCGCUGCAGGAGAAUGAGGACAAGGACCCUUCCGAGCGCGAGUGGUGGAUUCUCAAGGCCGCUUUGUGCGAUUGUGGUGCCGGAAUUCGGAUCUUUAGUACCAUGGAAGAGCUCGCCAACAACUUGGAGCUUGUCGAGUUCGCCGACGACACCACCGAGGAAUACACUGGCGAGGAGGAGGCGGAGGAGAAGGCUUCCAAGGGCCCUGAGGCAUCCGCGAAAGACGACGAGCAGUUGACCAAUGGCCACAAGGACGGGCAGAAUGGGGAUGACACUCCCGAGACCGAGGGCGAAGCAGACAGCUUCAAGCCAAAUUUGUCCAUCCCCGGCCUGAGCUCUCUCGACGCCCUGGUCACCGCCUCUGGCAAACUGUCUCUCGAAGCAACGGCCGAGCAGCAGCAGGAACCCGCCCAGAAGAGCAAGGAGGGCAAGAUCAGGUACACCUUCAAGGAGGACGAGCGCAUCCCCUCGGCCCAGCUGCGCGAGUUCGUCGCACAGCGGUACAUCGUCCGCGUCCCCACCAUCGAGAAGCGCAAGUGGCACGUCCGCGCCUACGUGCUCUCGGUGGGCCGGCUCAAGGUGCACGUCUUCCGCGAGUGCCUCGCUCUGCUCGCGCUCAAGGACUACGAGCCGCCCUGGGAGAACCCGUCGCUGACCUCGUCGCUGACCAACACGUCGCUGCAGGAGGAGGACGAGUUCAUCGCCAACAACUCGAUGCGCGACUUCUGGGCCGACUUCCCGGACGACAUGGUGCCCGCGCUGGGCGCGCAGUGGAAGGAGCGCGUGUUUGAGCAGAUGUGCUCCAUCUCGUCCGAGACGUUCCGCGCCGCCGCGUACACCAUGGGCGACCGGUUCACGCCGCUCGACAAGUGCUUCGAGCUGUUCGCGCUCGACUUCCUCGUCGACGACGACGGCGUCGCGUGGCUGCUCGAGGUCAACGAGACGCCCGCCUUUUACGAGCACGGCGUCGCGGGACCCAUGGCCAAGCGCCUCAUGGAGUCGGUCAUCUGCCUGGCCAUGGAGCACCUGGGCGCCGCGCAGAAGUGGGACCAGAGGAACGCCGAAGUGAGGGCGCGGAUGGUGGAGGUGCUUGAUGAGACGUCUACUUUGGCCAAGAGCAAUAUCAGGGAGAUUGUUCCGGAGGAUUGGAAGUAG